AUGCCCGUCAUUGUUCGUGACCCCUCCAUGGCCGCCAACAUCGUCUUGUACACAUCUCGCAUCACUUCGUCCACCACUUCGGACCUUCAAGCUUGCAAACCGCAGCUCGCAUUCAGCCCGAAACAGCAGUCGCCACUCGCACAGCUUCGCUCGAAUCGUUACCUACCACACACAAACUCGCCCUUGCCGCCAUCGCAACCAAAAUACCCUCUGCCUGAUCGAUCAGAACCGAACACCGGUUCUCUCCUCCCCCUCUUCUCCCCCGUGUCGCAGAGCCAGACCAUUCAAUCUCGGCACAUGAGCAGCCAUUUGUGGAAGUACUAUCUUCAGGAUGAUGUCGACCGGUUUCGACAUUUACUCGAGACGGCCUCGUACAAUGUCCGUCCACACCAGAACAGGACUCAGUCCAUGCAGACUCCCGCCGCCGUGAGCUCGAGUCCCGGUACCUUGAGUACUUCGCCCACACUCACCGCAAAGGCACGCAAGCCUUCGACCUUUUCGCCACAUGCUGGAAACAUGCCUCCACUCACCAAGGCUGACAUCAAUUGGCGUGAUGCGAAUGGCAUGACCCUCCUUCACCAUGCCGCCUCCUCGACGUCUGAGAAUGCUCUCGAAUUCGCCCAAGCUCUUGUUGAGCAUCCGCUUAUCGACCUGUACUUACAAGACGCCGAGAACUCUUGGACUGCUUUACAUCGUGCCUUCUAUUUCGGAAACAUCACCAUUGCUCGCGCAAUCAUCGAGAGGGACACUUCAGAUGCUCUUGGUAGGGGAAUAGGAGGAGGUUUGGUCAAGAUAAAGGAUCGUGAAGGCCUAGGUCCCUUGGAUCUAUACGCUGCGACAAUUAAAGAUCGCACUUUGCGACCUGAAGGACAAAAACGACCUAGAGCUGGGUCCGACGCCAGCGAGGAAGAAGUCAUGAUGAGCGAUGAUCAAGAGGUCAGACCAAGAGUCAUCGAGUUUGCGACAAACAUCUCCGGCGAUGAAGUCUACACUUUUGGAAGCAACAAGAAUAUCACUCUGGGCUUUGGAGAUGGGGAUGAUAGACAAUAUCCGGAGCGCAUUACACUGAAACGUCCGGACCACUUGCUGCAACGAUUCUACCGCGAGCACGUUCGAGAAUAUGAAAAGACAUGGGCUACAUUCGAUCCUGUCAUCACACAGACAGGCCACUCCGCUCUGCCACGCUCAUUACCCGUGGACUCUAUGCCUUGGGCAGUUAAGAACCGUCCUUUGAUCAUCCAGGAUGUCUUCAUGUCCAAGCUUUCAACAGCAGUUUUGACUACCGAUCCAGAGUCAAACCUGUACAUGUGCGGUCAUGGGCCUGGAGGUCGUCUAGGUGUAGGGGAUGAACAAUCGCGCUUCAGAUUUGUCUGCAUCGAGGGUGGCGCCUUGUCGCGGAAAAAGAUUGCCACUGUUGCACUCGGUCAAAACCAUACCCUGGCUGUUGACGACCGGGGAGAGGUCUUCUCCUGGGGCAGCAACGGCUACGGUCAACUUGGAUACACUCUGCCCAAGACUGGUAUCAAGGACGAAGAUCCAGUGAGCUGCGUACCUGCACAAAUCUUCGGUCCCCUCAAGCGCGAGAUCGUGAUUGGUGUCGCUGCAUCCCGCAUCCACUCAGUCGCAUACACUUCCACAUCCCUCUAUACUUUCGGCAAAAACGAGGGCCAGCUUGGCAUAGUCGAUUCUGACGCUCGCUCUCUCGAGUAUCAAAUCACUCCUCGAAAGGUUGCAGCUUCUCGCUUUGCUGCUCCAAUCGUCUCAGUCGCUGCCAUCGACCGUGCCACUGUCUGUCUUCUGGAAAACCACGACGUCUGGGUUUUUGCAAACUAUGGUUAUGCGAAGAUUCAAUUCCCUCUUGACGGCUCAAGCAGUUUCUUGAAAGACAGCUUCCGCGUUACUCGAUAUGAUGAUACUGUCAACCACAUUAGCAAAAUCACCGCAGGUGGUGACACCAUUUGUGCCAUGUCCAGUAGUGGUGAGGUUUAUACCUUAUCUGUCAGUCAACGUCAAGAUCAGGCCAACGCAUCCACGACCAAUCCGACAAAGAUAAGAGGAGCAUUAUCUGCGCCACAAGAGAUUUGGUCUUUGAAGAAGAACAAUAUGGCUGCUCGCGAUGUUGGUGUAGAUGCUGACGGCUCCAUCAUUCUGACCACUGAAGAAGGAAGUGUCUGGAAACGAUCAAGAAGAACAAAGAUCAAGGACGGAAAGUCUUUGGAUGCCGUCCAGUACAAGCCCAAAGACUACAAGUUCUCUCGUAUCGCUGGGCUUUCUCGUGUUACUGCAGUCAGGUCUUCAGCGUAUGGUGCCUACGCUGCCGUCCGUAGAGAUUGUGAUGUUACAAAGACUCAGACACUGGUGCAAGAGCAGACUAUCUGGAAAGACUUGUUCCCACUUCUUUGUUUCAACGACCUCAUUGUCCAUGAGGAUGUUCACGACAGUGAAAGUGAGGAGCCGCAGCCUCGCUUCUGGCAGGGUCGCAAGAAGCCUGAUGAAGUACAGAUCCUUCGCAAGCAUCUACUCGAGUCAAAGGAUAUCGAAAAGGACAUCGAAGAGCACUUACGCCAGGCGGCGAAUGAGAACUUCAGCGAGUUUGAUGCCAUCAUUGCAUCCAAUGUAUCCGACCUUCGAUUCCCUGCUCAUCAAUUCGUUCUUGCGGGACGAAGUAGAGUGCUUAGAGCAGGCUUCCAGACUCUUCGAGAUGGUGGUGACUUUAUCGUCCCUGACCUUCUGAUCUGUGAGCGCGACUCUCUUGGUCGACCUGUCAUGAUCUUCCAGGGACUUGAUGUACUCACCUUGGUCGAUUUCCUUCUGUAUUGCUACACCGACACUAUUGUCGACUUUUGGCAUCAUACUCGACGUUCACCGAUGGCAUUCCGAUACCGACAAGUCCGCACUGAGUUGAUGAAAGUUGCUGCCAAACUCGAACUUCUCAAGUUAGAGCCUGCAGUCAGGCAAAUGAUCGAGCCUGAACGUUGUUUGCCCAUGGAUCUCGAGAUUGCUGCCAGAGAUCAGGACUACUUUGCCAAUGGCGAUAUCAGAGUUCAGCUGAGCGAUGGCGAAGUACUGGUUCAUGGACCAAUGGUAUGCCAGAGAUGUCCCUUCUUUGAGGGUAUGUUCAUGGGACGUGCUGGUGGUCGUUGGCUUGAAGAAAGACGUGGCCUCUUGCAAAAUGCUUCCGAUGCCAUUGAUGUCGACCUGCAGCAUAUUGAGACCGAAAUUUUCCGUAUGGUCCUCCGCCACAUCUAUGCGGAUACUGGGGAAGAGCUUUUCGAUGACAUCGUCAGUGCUGAUCUUGAUGAGUUUCUGGACGUUGUCAUGGAAGUCAUGGCUGUUGCGAACGAGCUCAUGUUGGAUCGUCUUUCUCAAGUCUGUCAAAGAGUCGUUGGCCAACAUGUCACCACUCGCAAUGUUUGUGGUCUGCUCAAUGCCAUUGCUCCCAGCUCUGUUACAGAAUUCAAAGAUGCAAGUCUCGAAUAUUUGUGUCUGAGUCUGGAAGCUAUGCUUCAAGGUGGUCUGCUGGAUGAGCUCGAUGAAGAUCUACUCUUAGAGCUGGACGAUAUUGUUCGCGCCAACCAGCUUGCUCUGAUGCCUUUCGCCAAGAGUGGUCGGGCUGAGGCUCUUCUACACGAGCGCCAUCCAGAGCUUGCUGCUUUGAUUGACCGUGAUCGCCGGAUCAAGCUGGAUUCGAUCAUGCUACAUACCAAGCACCAAGAUCUGGAUGGUUGGGGUCCAAACUCUUUCAGAGGCGGCAGCUUGGAAGAUAGCGCAUAUGGAAAACAAAAGGCUCGAAGGAAGUCCAGGGAUGCCCAGUCAUCCGCAGUUGACUCCACUCCUAGAGUGAAAGCUGCCGUGCCGUCUUUGGGCACAAGUCUUGAAGAGAGCUCACCACUUGAUCUCAAUGGUGCACCCUCAAGGAAUGCCGAGACUGAGUUUGAGAGGACACUACGCAGAGACACUGCAGUUGGGACUCCUACAGAUUCCUGGGUCGACUCUAAGGGAAAGCCGAUCACACCACACGCCGCCACACCCAAGCAAGGUGGUCUCCCAGGUAUGACACCUGCCACGCCCGCAAGCUCUUCAAGCGUUCCUUGGGCAGCAACUCCUUCGCCUGGUGCGAAGCUGGAAAUGAAGGAUAUCAUGGCACAAGCAUCUUCAAGUCGUGUAUCUAACCUUUCGUUGGGUAUUGCAGCCAGUCGAGAGAAGGCAUCUGAGGAUGCUUCAGCAGCGAGAUCAGCUGCGAAAAUGUCGCAGAAAGAACGCAAGAGGAUGCAACAAGUUCAGCAAUCAGCAGCAGCUGAGAUUGAGGAGAAAAUCGCUGCAAAGGUGGCCUCACCAUGGCAGGUCGUUUCUGGUCAGAAGAUACCUUCUCUGAAGGAUGUCAUUGGGGAUAAGCUACCUUCGCCUAGUCCGUCGAGCAGACCUCAACCAACAACUCGUACAAGCACUACUCCUCAAUUGACCAUGCGGCAAACCAUCGCCAACCCUAAGCCCUCACCCAAGCCUGCCGCUGCCGUUGCUGCUUCACCUAAGAGUUUAGGUCCCGGUUCACCCAUCACAUCUGGUCACCCAUCUCCCAGACUAGGCCCACAGCGCGCGCCAUCGACACAAACAGGAGCCAAGUCGCCAGUCCCAGCAUCACCGCGUAUCCAAGCUCAAGCAGGUCCUUCCUUACCCGUUCGACCCACACCCACACCUCAUCAAUCUCAACCACAACCACAACGCAAACCCUCACACCAAACAACCACCGCCGCAUCAACACUAGCACCUCCGCCUCCUCCAGACCUCUCAUCCCAAUCCUUCCCUUCCAUUUCCUCUAUCGUGCACAACCCUCACAUCAUCAAAGAAGCCGCCGCAGCAAGAAGUCUGCAGGAAAUCCAAGCUGAGCAAGAGUUUCAAGAGUGGUGGGAUAAAGAAGCAGCGAGGAUGAGAGAAGACGAAGAGUUUGCGAGACUGAUUGCUGAAGGCAAGGUUUCUGAGCAAGUGGGUGGUGGUGCUUCUGGCAAGAAGAAGGCAGGGAGAAGAGGUGGUGGUGGUGGUGGUGGUGGGAAGCAAGGUCAGCAUCAAGAGAAGAAGAAAGAAGGAAGUGGGAAUGGACAGGUUAUACCGCAAACACAAGGACAGACCUCUAGACCAAGGGGAGGUAGGAAUAGAGGUGGUGGUCGAGGUGCUGCUUCUAAUGUCGCUGUUGGCCACACUGCUGCUCCUGCUGCUGGAGCUAAACCUUAA